ACAGUUAAACCUUGCCGCCACUACGAUAGGAGCCAUUCUUAUUCAUCUCCGCAUUGCCGAGACCAUCGAUACAAUCAAUCCCUAUCUACAAGAUCUCGACCACCGCCAUAAUCUCUUUCUUUUCCACUUCAUCCCAGUCUAUUGAGACCAUAUUAGAAGGAUCACUUUCUCUUACCCUUCUACUAUGACCCUAUGAGGAGGAUUUUGCAGAGAAUCCCUCGUUGUUCCUGUUGUUGUGGCUUUGCCACGUGUAGUAAUUAUGUGAGUGAAGGUAUCUCCCAUUCUCUUAAACCCCAAGCAGGAACUGACAGUGGCAAACAAGUUCUGCAAAAUAAUACAUGCCCCUCCAUGCCUCGGGUCCGGUUGCAUAUUCAAGAUCGUCAUGUGGUAUUGGAUAAUGGCAUACUCCAAGUCACAUUAUCAAAACCAGGCGGGAUUGUUACCGGAAUACGAUAUAAUGGCAUUGACAAUUUGCUUGAAUUUCGUAACAAGGAGACUAAUAGAGGUUACUGGGAUCUUAAUUGGAGUGCACCAGGAGGAAAGGGAAUAUUCGACGUGAUUGAAGGAACACAUUUUAGGGUUGUAGUUGAAAAUGAGGAACAAAUUGAACUCUCAUUCUUAAGGUUUUGGGAUUCCUCUCUUGAGGGCAAGUACAUUCCCUUAAAUAUAGAUAAAAGGUUCAUAAUGCUUCGUGGUUCAUCGGGGUUUUACUCUUAUGCAAUUUACGAGCACUUACAGGAAUGGCCUGCAUUUUGUCUUGAUCAAACUCGAUUCACUUUCAAGCUCAGAAAAGAGAAGUUUCGCUAUAUGGCAAUAGCAGAUAACAGACAGAGACAUAUGCCUCUUCCUGAGGAUCGAAUGACGGGAAAAGGCCAACCCCUGGACUACCCAGAAGCUGUCCUACUUGUUAAUCCCAUGGAUCCUGAGCUCCAAGGAGAGGUGGACGACAAGUACCAAUAUUCAUGUGAGAAUAAAGAUCUCAGGGUUCAUGGAUGGAUAUGCUAUGCUCCCCCAGUAGGGUUCUGGGUAAUUACACCUAGUGAUGAGUUCCGAUCUGGUGGACCAAUCAAACAGAAUCUUUCGUCACAUGUAGGGCCUACCUCCCUUGCUAUGUUUCUUAGCAGACACUAUGCUGGAAAAUACAUGGUCACAAGUGUUGGACCCAAUGAACCAUGGAAGAAAGUCUUUGGUCCAGUUUUUAUCUAUCUCAAUUCUGCUGUUAGUGGAGAUGACCCACUUUGGCUGUGGGAGGAUGCUAAAAUAAAGAUGAUGGGUGAAGUCCGAAGCUGGCCAUACAGUUUUCCUGCAUCCGAGGAUUUUCAGAAGUCAGAACAACGGGGAAGUGUUUGUGGUAGACUACUAGUGCUAGACAGGUAGGCAUGCAAGAUUCAGCUUGGGUGCCAUUAGGAACCUAAUAACUAUUUGACUAGAAACUUACUAGAGGUGCAAAAGGCCAAA